AUGGAUCCUUCCUUAAUUAUCCCCUCAUCAUCGCCCCCUCUUUUUUUUUACUUCUUUCUCGGGCUUCUAUUUCUACCGUGUUGGCGGAGUUGUUGUUUGCUGCGCACAGCAAUUACAUUUUUGCUCCAAGGUGGGAAGGGAAGCAGAAGUACGAGCGGAACACACAGAGACGGGUUGCGACUCCGGGAGGUGGAAAUGUAUGGCGACGGGGACCGGAAGACCAUCUCGGAGCUGCGGCGAGAUGCAGCGGCCGUGCAGAGGCGUAUUCUUGACCAGACUGUCCAGCUUCAGCGGGUGCAGAACGCCACGGCGAGGGCCAGUCGUUUGAUAGACCAGUUACUUCGUCUCUUUGCAACUGAGGUGAAGGGGAAUGAUAGAGACGCCCUGUUUGCUGUUCUUGCAUCCAUCUCGGAGGACCUGGACUUUUCUAAUGUCCCGCUAAUUCCCAUUGCCAUUGCGCUCGCAAACGAUCAUUUCAGCAAUGUCAAGCGUAUUCGCGCCGUGCGGAACCGGUUUUUGGAUGACAAUUCUGUUAUCUUUUUGGCGCACGUCUUGCGUUUUUCUCCGUCGCUAUCGCAGGUGGAGCUGCUUGACAUCAGUGGAACGAGAGUGACGGAGAAGGGCCUUUUUUUCCUUCUUGAAAUGAUGGAGGAGCGGGAGACGCCGUUCGCCCUCAUCGCGAAGGAUCGUGUUCCGUCCGAGAUCCCUGUUGCAGUGGAAUUCAUGCAGAAGUACCAGUUGGCCUUGCGGAAGGUGGGGAGGAAAUCGAACUGUGCAUUGACGCUCUGA